AUGGCUGUUACCAAGAUUUUCGCUAGAUCUGUCUACGACUCCAGAGGUAACCCAACUGUUGAAGUUGACUUGCACACCGAAAAGGGUUUGUUCAGAGCCAUCGUUCCAUCCGGUGCUUCCACCGGUAUCCACGAAGCUUUGGAAUUGAGAGAUGGUGACAAAUCUAAGUGGUUAGGUAAGGGUGUUUUGAAGGCCGUUGCUAACGUUAACGACGUCAUUGCUCCCGCUUUCCUCAAGGCUAACUUGGAUGUUACCAACCAAGAAGCCGUCGAUGCUUUCUUGAACUCUUUGGACGGUACUCCUAACAAGGGUAAGUUGGGUGCCAACGCUAUCUUGGGUGUUUCUUUAGCUGCUGCUAAAGCCGCUGCCGCUGAAAAGAACGUUCCAUUGUACAAGCACUUGGCUGACUUGGCUGGUUUCAAGUCUGACAAGUUUGUCUUGCCAGUUCCUUUCCAAAACGUCUUGAACGGUGGUUCUCACGCCGGUGGUGCUUUGGCUUUCCAAGAAUUCAUGAUCGUUCCUGAUGGAGCUGAAUCUUUCUCCGAAGCUUUAAGAGUUGGUUCCGAAGUUUACCACAACUUGAAGUCUUUGACCAAGAAGAGAUACGGUCAAUCAGCUGGUAACGUCGGUGAUGAAGGUGGUGUUGCCCCCGAUAUCGGUUCUCCAAAGGAAGCUCUUGACUUGAUUGUCGACUCCAUUGCUCAAGCUGGAUACACCGGUAAGGUUUCCAUCGCUUUGGAUGUUGCUUCUUCUGAAUUCUACAAGGACGGUAAGUACGACUUGGAUUUCAAGAACCCUGAAUCCGAUGCUUCUAAGUGGUUGAGCGGUGAACAAUUAGCCGACUUGUACGCUCAAUUGGUUGCUGAAUACCCAAUUGUUUCUAUUGAAGAUCCAUUUGGUGAAGAUGACUGGGAUGCUUGGGUCCACUUCUUCUCUAAGGUCGGUGACAAGUUGCAAAUUGUCGGUGAUGACUUGACUGUCACCAACCCUAUCAGAAUUAAGACUGCCAUUGAAAAGAAGGCUGCCAACAACUUGUUGUUGAAGGUUAACCAAAUUGGUACUCUUUCUGAAUCUAUCCAAGCCGCUAAGGACUCUUAUGCUGCUGACUGGGGUGUUAUGGUUUCCCACAGAUCUGGUGAAACUGAAGACACCACCAUUGCUGACUUGGCUGUCGGUUUGAGAAGUGGUCAAAUCAAGACUGGUGCUCCAGCUAGAUCUGAACGUUUGGCUAAGUUGAACCAAAUCUUGAGAAUCGAAGAAGAAUUAGGUGACAAGGCUAUCUACCCAGGUAAGAAGUUCCACGUUGCUCAAACUUUGUAA